AUGAGCGCACUAAGAAAAAAGCUUUCUGGAGCUGAAAACAGAAAAAGGGCUAGAGACAAAAUUGAAGACGUAAAUAAAUCGGCUUCUAAGAUGAUUAAGUGGCUUCACGAAGGAGGCUCAUCGUUAAGCUCCGUUCAUACUUCCGAUACGAUUCCGGGUAUUCCGAAUAACUCUUGUAUCCUGGAUAUUCAAGUUUAUUUGACCGAACAGUCAAAAUUUCAAGGCUCCGAUGAAGGUAAACAGUCUUCAUCGUCGGUAUUAUCUCAGCCGGAAGAUGACGUUCAGCUAGCAUCUAGUGACUUAUUACAGUCAAGUAGCAGAGACAAAAUUAUCGACGUAAUGGAUCCAGGUACGUGGCCGGACCACGAGAAAAUGACAGAUCAACAAAGAUCAUUCUUUAGCAAACAAGCUGUAUUACUCGUACUAAAUGAUGAACAUCCAAAUAAUAUAGAGUUUAGGUCUACUGAACGUAACGGAAGGCGUUUGACACAUAGCAUGUGGUUCGGAACAAUGGCGAAUAAAGAAAAUAUUAAAAGGUCCUGGCUUGUUUAUUCGAAAACAAAAAAUGCACUUUACUGCACUGCCGGCAAGUUAUUCGCCAGAACUUCUACAUCAUCCUUGUGUAAUGAGGGUCUCAUUAAUUGGAAAAAGACUUCGGAAAGAUUAGCUGAACACGAAGUAUCACAAAGUCAUAAAAAAUAUUUUAUUAAAUGGAAAAUUCGUCUACAGCAAAUGAAAUUGUGUCAGGGCAUCGAUUGCAACAUAGAGCGAUUAAUUCACUCUGAGAAAGAAAAGUGGAGACAUAUUCUGCAUGUAGUAAUCGACGCUGUCAUGUAUCUUGCCACAAACUGUCUUUCUUUUAGAGGUUCUAAAGAAAUAGUGACAGAUUUCGCUGAAAAUUUUCCUCAACCUAGUCAAGGAAUUUUUUUUAAUUUGAUAAAUUUGCUCGUUAAAUACGAUCCUACUCUCAAAUACCAUUUAGAUCACUUAAAAAAAGGAUAG